GCCUUUCAAGACAACUUCCGAGAGGGAGCGCCAUGGCUUCCAGCGAGGAGGUGCUCGCCUUGCGGGCUCAAGUUGCCCAACGUGAGGAGGAGCUGAGUUUCCUGAAGCAGAAGCUGGCGGCGGCUGUUCUGGCGGAGCAGGAGCCACAGCGGCUGGUUUCGGUGUCACCCCUGCCGCCGAAGGCGUCCCUGUCUCGAGAUGAGAUUUUGCGCUAUAGCCGGCAGUUGGUGCUCCCUGAGCUGGGCGUGCAGGGGCAGCUGCGCCUGGCCACCGCGUCGGUGCUGGUAGUGGGCUGCGGUGGGCUCGGCUGCCCACUGGCGCAGUACCUGGCAGCGGCCGGCGUCGGCCGCCUUGGCCUUGUGGACUACGACGUAGUAGAAAUGAGCAAUCUGGCCCGCCAGGUGCUGCAUGGCGAGGCGCUGGCCGGGCAGGCCAAGGUCUUUUCGGCCGCCGCCUCGCUGCGCCGCCUCAAUUCGGCUGUGGAGUGCGUGCCUUAUGCCGAGGCGCUGACGCCAGCCACGGCGCUAGACUUAGUCCGCCGCUAUGACGUGGUGGCCGACUGCUCUGACAACGUGCCCACGCGCUACCUGGUUAAUGACGCCUGCGUGCUAGCCGGCCGGCCCCUCGUGUCGGCCAGCGCCCUGCGCUUUGAGGGCCAAAUCACUGUCUACCAUUAUGACGGCGGGCCUUGCUAUCGCUGCGUAUUCCCUCAACCACCGCCCGCGGAGACGGUGACCAACUGCGCGGAUGGCGGGGUGCUCGGUGUUGUAACUGGGGUCCUGGGCUGCUUGCAGGCGCUGGAAGUGCUGAAGAUCGCCGCAGGGCUGGGCCCGUCUUACAGCGGCAGCCUCUUGAUCUUUGACGCGCUCAGGGGACAUUUUCGUCGUAUUCAGCUUCGGGGCCGCCGGCCUGACUGUGCGGCUUGUGGGGAGCGCCCCACUGUGACUGCCCUGCAGGACUACGAGGCCUUCUGUGGCUCCUCAGCCACCGACAAGUGCCGCACUCUGCAGUUGCUGAGCCCAGAGGAGCGAGUUUCGGUCACCGACUAUAAGCGACUUCUGGAUUCCGGCUCACCCCACCUGUUGCUGGACGUUAGGCCUCAAGUGGAGGUGGACAUCUGUCGUUUGCCUCAUGCAUUACACAUCCCUUUGAAACAUUUGGAACGGAGGGAUGCACAGAGCCUGGAACUCUUAGGAGGAGCAAUCCGGGAAGGGAAGGAAGGCGCCCAGGAAGGGGCCGCUUUCCCAGUUUAUGUGAUUUGCAAACUGGGCAAUGACUCCCAGAAAGCGGUGAAGAUCCUGCAGUCCUUGACAGCAGCCCAGGAGUUAGAAUCUGUAACAGUUCAAGAUGUUGCAGGGGGCCUUAUGGCCUGGGCCGCCAAGAUCGACGGAACAUUUCCGCAGUACUGAGUGGAUGGGAGAGUCUGCCCAGAGGAAGAGGCGCAUUGCCAUGUUACCCAAAGAUACAUUUAUUUGCAUUUUUCCCCCAGGAAUGUAGGGAAGAGCCUGAUAUUGUCCAAUAACCGAAUACAUGGAUUCCAUUAUGUAAGGGGUUUUUUUGUUGUUGUGGUAUUGGAUGCUGCAGUUACUGUGUUUCUGAGGACUGUGUUGUGUUUUUAGCCUUUGGAAGAGGUCUUGAACACGUGAGUCAUAAUGUUAAGUGA